AUGUCGGAUCUCUCUGUAGAGAUCACUGCCCCCAAUGGCCUAAAGUACACACAGCCAACAGGUCUUUUCAUCAACAACGAGUUUGUCAAGGGCAAUGGUGGGACAAUCACUUCUAUUGACCCAGCCACUGAAAAGGAGAUUGCCACUAUCCACGCAGCCAGCGCCGAAGAUGUCGAUCGUGCAGUCCGAGCUGCCCAUGCCGCUCUCAAAGAUCCAUCCUGGAAGAAACUGGCGGCCACAGACCGCGGUCGUCUAAUAGCCCGCUUAGCCGAUCUAGUCGAUGAGAAGCGAGAGACUCUGGCCACAAUCGAUUCGUGGGAUAAUGGAAAACCGUACUCAGUCGCUCUGAACGAGGAUUUGGGCGAGGUGUCCCUCGCUCUACGUUAUUACAGCGGCUGGGCUGAUAAGACGUACGGCCAGACCAUCAACACAGCUCCCGAAAAAUUCGCAUACACUCUGCGCCAGCCCAUUGGUGUUGUCGGUCAGAUCAUCCCAUGGAACUACCCCCUUUCAAUGGCAGCUUGGAAAUUAGGUCCUGCUCUGGCUUGUGGUAACACCGUCGUUCUGAAACCUGCCGAACAGACUCCAUUAAGCGCGCUAGUCCUCGGACAAUUGAUCAAGGAGGCCGGUUUCCCACCCGGUGUUGUCAACGUCGUCAAUGGAUACGGUCGCGAGGCUGGUGCUGCUCUCGUUGAGCAUCCCCUCGUCGACAAGAUUGCCUUUACUGGUUCAACCGCCACUGGACGACAGAUUAUGAAGAUGGCGUCCGCAACGUUGAAGAACAUUACCCUGGAGACCGGUGGUAAAUCCCCGCUUCUCGUUUUCAGUGACUGUGAUCUGGAACAAGCAGUCAAGUGGUCACAUGCAGGUAUCAUGUCUAACCAGGGCCAAAUCUGCACGGCGACAUCACGUAUCUUCGUUCAAAAGGAGAUCUAUAAUACUUUCAUUGAGAAAUACAAAGAGGCUGUAAAGAGCACCUCCAAGGUCGGCAACCAAUGGGACGAAUCAACCUUCCAAGGCCCACAGGUUACUCGUGCCCAAUACGAACGUAUCCUAAGCUACAUCGACAUUGGCAAAUCUGAAGGUGCCACAGUUCUCACCGGUGGAGGCCCCUAUCGCGAGGAAGGCGGAAACACCGACUUCAACAAGGGAUUCUUCAUUGCCCCCACCGUAUUCACCAACGUCAACGACUCUAUGCGCAUCUGCAAGGAAGAGAUCUUCGGCCCCGUUGUUGUCAUCGCCUCCUUUGAGACUGAAGAGGAAGUCAUCGCUCGCGCCAAUGAUACUACUUAUGGGCUGGGUGCAUCUGUGUUUACACGCGAUAUCCAGCGUGGUCAUCGUGUCGCAGCCGAGAUUGAGGCUGGUAUGGUAUGGAUCAAUAGUUCUCAGGACAGUGACCCCCGCGUCCCCUUUGGCGGCGUUAAGCAAUCCGGUAUUGGCCGCGAAUUGGGUGAAGCUGGUCUCGAAGCUUAUUCACAGAUUAAGGCUGUGCAUGUUAACAUGGGUACUAUUUUGUAAUUGGA